AUGGCCUUCUCUGAGAAGGGGGUAAACCCCUCAUUCCUGCAACGGCGUUCGCGGAGAUUGUUCAAUGUUUUGGAUUAUAAUUGGAUCAUCUUUCCUUUGACCUUCACGGCACUUCUAUAUGCUCUGUAUCAACUGACGGUCUACACCGGACUCCAGCAACGAAUUGUCGAUCGAAAUGCGCUGUGGACGGUUGACUGUUUGAUCCUGUCAAUCCCAUUCUUACCUCUGGUGCUGACCCAACGCCCGCCAUAUGCCGCCUUGUGGGGUCUCCUCCUUCCAGCACGACCCUUUGCCUAUGCCCGGAGUCCGAAGAGAAGAUCCUUUCGCAGUAUCAGGAUAUGCUUGGUGACCAAGGGGACAAACUUUCAAACAGUCAUUAACUCGACUGCUUCGUGGCACAACCUGAGGCACUAUCCGCAACUGAUCUUCGACGUCUUGGUGGACGCCCCUGAGACUGAUCGAUUCCGGAAAGCUCUGCCGCAUUUCAUCAAUGUCUAUAGAGUUCCCGAUGCCAAAUCAUUCCAGGCGAACUUUGCCAGACACAAAGCACGGGCUCUGGAGUGGUAUCGUAUCCAAUGUCAGCUAACAGCGGAAGACUGGGUGCUGCACCUCGAUGAGGAGACGGAACUCGACGAUUUUGCCAUACAAACUUGUAUAGAUUUCAUUGAACGGGGAUCGGAAGAUAUUGGAAUGGGCACCAUUUUCUACAAUGGUCGUAACCACUGGCAGAACACGUUGAUGACCGUGGCAGAAAUCUCGAGAAUAUCAGAAGAUUGGGGCCGUUUCCAACUCCCAAUGAGAGUAUCCCACCGUCCUCUGCUUGGCUGGAUGAAGGGUUCCUGGAACAUCAUCAACGGAGCUGUGGAGAACAAUGUCACUUGGGACACGAACUGUGCUGCAGAAGACUUCUGGUUUGCCUUCAACGCCACACGGCUAGGAUACAAGUUUGGUUGGAUCCAUGCCAUUGCACGAGAGCAGCCCCCGGAGACUGUGAAUGAUUUCAUUCGGCAGCGGCGCAGAUGGUACACUGGGAUUUGGUCGAUUGACAGUUUUUCUGUCAAGAUGGGUCUUCUGCUAGCGCUCUUGGUACCGCUCUGGGUCUUGAUAUACCCAAUUGUCGCGUUGGUCCGAGGUGGAUCGAUAUCCGUGCCAUAUUGGUUUUUCCUGUGGCUGCUCUUCAGUCACGCGGCCGAUAUCCAUGGCCUCAUCGUUGCCUGCUUGAUGGAGGACAUGGACACUCCGGGAAUUGGCGUGGUUUCCAUGCUGUGGCACCUCCUGCUAUCUGUGGUCCUCUCCCCGAUCACCAAUCUAUUGCAGACGGGAGCGAUGAUUUCUGUUCUCAUUGCUCCAGCGCCGGGGUUCUAUAUCAUCAACAAGGCAUAG